AUGAAUUGUGACGACUAUGUACUUAAACUUGAAUUUCUAUUUACCGACUUCGAAGAACGAUUUGGAGACCUAAAGGCAUUAAAACCCUCAUUCGGAUUUUUAGAAAAUCCAUUUUUAGUUAAUGUCAUUGAAAAGGGAUGUCCAUUAUCACAUCCUAUCGUCACAAAUAAAGCGGAUCUCGAAAUAGAACUCUCGGAGUUAUUAGAAGGUCAGUUUAUAAACAAUUGUCUCUUUAUAUUGGAAUUUUGGAAGCAUAUUUCUAUAUUAAAAUACCCAAAUAUUAAAAACUGCGAGGUAAAAUUGAUAUCAAUUUUUGGAACGACGUAUUCAUGUGAAUCACUUUAUUCAACAAUGAAAAUAAUUAAGUCAAAAUAUCGUUCAAAUUUGACCGAUGAUCAUCUUACAGAAUUACUAAGAACUGCUCUUACAUCAAUUCAACCAGAUCUUAAGAAGCUUACUAAAAAAGUAGACACGAAAAAAGUACCACGCAAACAAAAUUAG